UUGCCACUUAUUAUAUAUAUAUAUAUAUAGUAAUAUAUAUACAUUUCCACUUCCCCUAUCCACUCUUCAUCAAACACUUACAAAGCUUCAUUGAAUAAUUCAUCCUUCUUCACUUUUUUUCUUCAAACUGAAAAAUAUUGUUAUGAUUGGAUUUAAACCUUAAUCUGUCAUCUUAGGCCAACUCGGCCAUCUCAACAUAUUCGUCCUCGUUUUCACUUGCUCUCUCUCUCUUUUCUUUUUUCUCAAUUUUUUUGGAUUUGUAAUGGAAUGUUUUAAUGAAUAUUUUGCAUUGGAGGAAAUUAGAAAUCAUCUCCUCGGGGAUUUUUCCCCGAAAACUUCGAAAUUUGGAGCGGAACUAACUAGUACUAGUGAGUGUACUAAUAAUACUGUGACGGAUGGCUUGAAUUCUUUUGAUUUUUUCUCCGAUUUUGAAGCUGAUUUCUUUCAAUUUGGAACCGAAUUUUCAAAUUGGAGCUCUCAAUCAGCAAAUUCAGUCAAACUCGAAUCGGAGCCGUCGAUUUCAAGCUCCGAUUACGAUGAAAACAAGAGCAACUUCUUUCAGUUUGAAUCGAAACCUCAAGUAAUCAUCGACCUCACAUCACCGAAAUCGAGUAAAGUUAUUGAUCGGAAACCUUCACUAAAAAUUGAUUUACCUCCAGUGAAGAAAUUCGAGUGGAGCAAUUCGACUCAUCAAUCGAAUAAUCCAAUUGUUUCGAUUGAAGAGAGGAAGCAACAUUACAGAGGAGUGAGACGGCGGCCAUGGGGAAAGUAUGCGGCGGAGAUCCGAGAUCCAAAACGGCGUGGUUCUAGGGUUUGGUUAGGAACAUUUGAAACCGCAAUUGAAGCAGCAAAGGCUUAUGAUAAAGCCGCAUUUACGAUGCGUGGAAGUAAAGCAAUAUUGAAUUUUCCAUUGGAGGUGCAGGGAAAGAAUUACCUGAGCGCCGCCGUGGAUGGCGGCGUGAAACGGCGGAGAGAAUCGGAGGAAAUAGGUGAAGAGAAGAGAGUGAAGAAAGUGGAAGAGGAGUCAUGGCCGUUAACGCCGUCAAGUUGGAAUUGUAACGGAAUGUUUGACCUCCCGCCAUUAUCACCGUUAUCGAGUCCUCACCUGGGUUGUUCCACCUUAUUCAAAUCUGAAGUGACUUUAUAACCGAUACUUCUAAUCUAUAUAUAAUAUAAAGCUAGGCAUAGACAAUCCUAUGUGGCACCUCUCUAUGGCCUCCAUUGACAUUUAUUUUUUUUCUCAAUUUUUUGACUUUUCUCCUAUUUUUCUACACCUAUAUGCUACUAAAAAAAAAAAAUUAAAACUCAAUUGUUAAAAUAAUUCUCAAUAUACGUAACUCACUUUUUGCAAUACUCAAUAUUGAAUACUGUUUAAUGCAUUUCACUCUCUUUAGUAACCUUUAAGACCAUCAUUAUCAUUUCAUGAGUUGUAAAAAAUCUCCAUCUAUUUGCAUUCUC